GUUCAGUCACUUUGGCACCGAUUGAGCAGACUGCUGCUGUCAUUUCUAGCUGUCAGAGGGAUGACUGUCACCCAACAAACCUGCUGAGGACAUCUCUCCUCCUGGAGAAAUACAUGGACACAGUCACAUUCAAACAGGAUGGGCUCUAGACUGAAACAAAACCCUGAACGAGCUUUCAACUGGUUCUUUGAAGCAACAUGUCCUGUAGCCAGAGACAAAGAUCCUGGAGUGAAGUUUCAAUAUCCAGAGGACUUCAGCACUGAGGAGUCCUGCCCAACGUUACUCAGGUUCUGCUUCCCGUAUGACAUACAAAGAGUGAGGGAUGGAUUCACUGUGCAGAACUUUACUUUUGUUUUGACUGACCUUGAGGGAUGCCAGCAGUUCGGCUUCUGUCGUCUCACCAACAGCACUCAGAACUGCCUUUGCAUUCUCAGUUAUCUUCCAUGGUUUGAAGUGUUUUACAAACUUCUCAACAAUUUGGCUGACUACCUGGCAAAAGCACAGUUUAAUGAGAUGAAGGCGCUCCUGGCUGCACUCUACAAACAGUCCGUACCCCUGGCUGAUGGAUCUGUCACUUUGCAGAUGGGAGAGCAGCUUGUGGUCAGCACAGAAGUGUCUCCUCCUGUUGGACACACAGAGGGACGAGCGGGGAUUCCAUAUUUUAUUGCUCCGGAUCCAAGAAGUCUACCUUCCAUUCCUGAAAAUAGGAACCUAACAGAGCUGAUUGUAGCAGUAGACGUUGGGAACCUUCUUCAGCUUUAUGCCAGCAUGCUGUUUGAGAGACGCAUCCUCAUAUUCGCAAGCAAACUGAGCACCCUAACAUCGUGCAUGCAUGCAUUAAGCGCUGUGUUGUACCCAAUGUACUGGCAACACAUCUUCAUACCUGUACUGCCACCACACCUGCUGGACUACUGCUGUGCACCCAUGCCUUAUCUAAUUGGAGUCCACACCAGUCUCUCUGAGAGGGUGAGAAGUCGUGGGUUGGAGGAAGUUGUUAUUCUUAAUGUGGACACAAAUACUCUUGAAACCCCCUUUGAUGACCUUAAGAGGAUACCUUCAGAUGUGAUGUCCGGUCUGAAGGUGUGCUUAAAGCGUCAGGCGUUGUCACCUGGCUGUGGUGUGUCUCGGGCAUUCCUGAAAGCUCAAGCUCUACUGUUUGGAGGGUACAAGGAUGCUCUUCAGAAGAAUAAG